AUGGCGGGCCUACAAGAUCGCUUGCCGCAGCGGUCGGCACCAGGUCCCUCACAGACCCAGACAGAAACGCAGAGCAGGACGGGUACGCAGGCGAUCCUGCGGCUGAGAGGUGCCCACGCUCCAUCUAGGCAGUCGGUGCGAUGGGCGGAAGACGUGGUGGAUAACGAGGGCCUGGGACGCAAGAGCUCAAAAGUCUGCUGCAUCUACCACCGCCCCAAAGGCGUAGACGAGUCCAGCGACGAGUCCUCCUCGGACUCCUCUGACGACUCUUCCGGCUCGGAGGCGGACACCAACGGCGGGCGUAGGAGGGUACCCUCGGGAGACCACAAGGGUAAGGGCAAAGGCAAGAAGAGCGGCAAGCGAGGAGACCAUGACCACGACUGCGACGACCACGAUCACGACCACAGCGGCCACGGGCAUGGGAGGAAGGCUAAUCGCGAGGGGAGCGAGAAGAGGCGGCCUAGCCCGAAUGCGUAUGAGAGGGUGCCGAAGCCGCCUAAGCCCAAGGAUGAGGGGAGCAGUGGUUCGCCGGCCAAGGCUUGA